UCAGAAAAAUCAAUUGUUUGUGACUUACUUGCAAAAUGUCCAUCAACAUAGACAUAAGAUUAAAACGUGCAAGCAAGAUAUAUCACGAAGCGGAGGUGGUUACCGGUCUCAUAUUUUUGAAAACCAAUUCGGACAUAAAACACGAUGGCAUUUAUCUUACCAUGGAAGGUUCGGUAAAUCUGCAACUCAGCUCGAAGAAUGUCGGCAUCUUCGAAGCGUUCUACAAUUCGGUUAAGCCCAUACAAUUGGUGCAAUACACGUUGGACGUUGCGCCAUCGGGAAAGAUUCCAAGCGGCACGACAGAAAUACCGUUCGAGUUGCCGUUGAAGCCGAGAGGAAGCAAAUCCCUUUACGAAACAUAUCAUGGUGUUUUCGUGAAUAUACAAUACCUGAUACGCUGUGAUAUUAAGAGAAGUUUUCUCGCAAAGGACGUGAGCAAGUCGUUGGAGUUCAUAGUCGAGGACAGACCAAGCUCCAAGUUGGAAAAGGAGCAUAACAAAAUGGUACUUUUCAAAAUAAUGCCGGAAUCAUUGCAAAAUACCAGGGACAGAUCCAACAUGCCGCGAUUCUGCAUCUCGGGCACACUGGACUCUCUACAUUGCAAACUAUCCGAACCUUUGACCGGAGAGGUAAUAAUCGAAAACUGCGAGGCCGUUAUAAAGUCUAUAGAACUGCAGUUGGUGAGGGUUGAGACCUGCGGUUGUGCGGAAGGAUAUUCUCGAGAUGCGACGGAGAUACAAAAUAUACAAAUUGGCGAAGGUAACGUUUGCACGAAUCUCCCUAUUCCGAUCUACAUGAUAUUUCCAAGAUUGUUUACGUGUCCCACUCUGAGCACGAGCAACUUCAAAGUUGGUAAGAAAUGUUUUAUAUCGCACGUUAUUACGCUGCUCCAUUCUCUCACGGACUACAGACUCCGCAGAACUUUUUACAGACGCAAACACCUUCUGUUUCAGAAUUCGAGGUAAAUCUCAUCAUUGUGUUUGAGGAUGAUUAUUUGGUUACCGAGAACUUUCCUAUUAUACUAUCACGAUAUUGAAUUUAUACGGGAA